AUGCCUUCACUCCAGAAGUUCCACGCUAACGUGGCCCGUCACGUGAAGCUGAUGGACAAGAACUUGACAGCAAACUUGAUCCGUCACGAAUACAUAGUCACGACCAGAACCAAAGCGAAGCGAGUUCAAGCCAAGGCAGAGACGUUUUUAGCUGAUGCACUCCACAGAAAUGACAAAAUCGCUCAGGAUCAACCGAUUAACUCCAAAAUCGUAGCAAACAGAGCAUUGAACUUCUUACAGCCACCUGACAAGUUCGAAGUAGGGUCCAAAAUCAUACAAGAACUCGCUCCCAGAUACCAGCAAAGAAGAUCGGGGUUCACCAGAAUCAUAAAGUUGGAACCUCGUUUGGGUGAGGACAAGGCACCCAUGUCUGUGAUCGAGUUGGUAGACUCAGAAUACGAAAUCAAGUUCUGGUACACUGCCAAAAUCGUAGCCAGAUUAGAAUUGCAAGGGUUGAAAGUUGACGACAUCACCCAGUUGAACGUGCAAAAAUUAACGAAGUUCAGACCAGAGGGAGAAAAGGAGUUUGCUGCAGCUGUCGAAACCUGUAAAGUCGAAUUCUUCAAAUACGAUCCAGAAACACAACAAGUUACAGACCCAGAAGCGUUGAAGAACUUAGAAAACUUGCCUGUGAAUUUGGAAUACUACGGUGGAGAUCUCUCUGGGUCCUUGGUAGCUUCCAAGAGGUUUAAGACACAACCUAGACCCGAAAAGGAACAGGCAGAGAUCCCAGUCUCGCCUUUCGUGGCCAAAUAG